GGCAGGACUCGCGUGACAGUUCCCGGCACGCGGCGGCCACCGAGGAGGAGGCGCGGGUACCAGGCUGAACGCGAGACGCAGGGGUGGCUGAGCCAUGGGGGAUGCUCCAAGUCCUGAAGAGAAGCUGCACCUUAUCACCCGGAACCUGCAGGAGGUUCUGGGCGAAGAGAAGCUGAAGGAGAUACUGAAGGAGCGAGAACUUAAGGUUUACUGGGGCACGGCAACCACAGGUAAGCCACAUGUGGCUUACUUUGUGCCCAUGUCGAAGAUUGCGGACUUUUUGAAGGCGGGAUGUGAGGUUACAAUUCUGUUUGCGGAUCUUCAUGCAUACUUGGAUAACAUGAAAGCCCCAUGGGAACUUCUAGAACUCCGAACUAGUUACUAUGAGAAUGUGAUCAAGGCAAUGCUGGAGAGCAUUGGUGUGCCCUUGGAGAAGCUCAAGUUCGUCAAAGGCACUGAUUACCAGCUCAGCAAAGAGUACACACUGGAUGUGUACAGACUGUCCUCGGUGGUCACGCAGCACGAUGCCAAGAAAGCUGGAGCUGAGGUGGUAAAGCAGGUGGAGCACCCUCUGCUGAGUGGUCUGCUGUACCCUGGACUGCAGGCUUUGGAUGAAGAGUAUUUAAAAGUAGAUGCCCAAUUUGGAGGCGUUGAUCAGAGGAAGAUUUUCACCUUUGCAGAGAAGUACCUCCCUGCUCUUGGCUACUCUAAACGGGUCCAUCUCAUGAAUCCGAUGGUCCCAGGAUUAACUGGCAGCAAAAUGAGCUCUUCUGAAGAGGAGUCCAAGAUCGAUCUCCUUGAUCGCAAGGAAGAUGUGAAGAAAAAACUGAAGAAGGCGUUCUGUGAGCCAGGAAACGUGGAGAACAAUGGGGUCCUGUCCUUCAUCAAGCACGUGCUCUUCCCCCUCAAGGCCGAGUUCGUGAUCCUUCGAGACGAGAAAUGGGGUGGAAACAAAACCUACACAGCUUACUCGGACCUGGAAAAGGAUUUCGCUGAUGAGGUUGUACACCCUGGAGACCUCAAGAAUUCUGUUGAAGUCGCCCUGAACAAGUUGCUGGAUCCCAUCAGGGAGAAGUUUAAUUCCCCUGCCCUGAAAAAGCUGGCCAGUGCUGCCUAUCCAGAUCCCUCAAAGCAGAAGCCAGUUGCCAAAGGCCCUGCCAAGAAUUCAGAACCAGAGGAAGUCAUCCCCUCUCGGCUGGACAUCCGUGUGGGGAAAAUCAUCAGUGUGGAGAAGCACCCAGAUGCAGACAGCCUGUACGUGGAGAAGAUCGAGGUCGGGGAAGCUGAGCCCCGGACUGUGGUGAGCGGCCUGGUACAGUUCGUGCCCAAGGAGGAACUGCAGGACCGGCUGGUGGUGGUGCUGUGCAACCUGAAACCCCAGAAGAUGAGGGGAGUCGAGUCCCAGGGCAUGCUUCUGUGCGCGUCCACAGAAGGGGUAAACCGCCAGGUUGAACCUCUGGACCCUCCUGCAGGCUCUGCCCCUGGUGAGCGAGUGUUUGUGAAGGGCUACGAGAAGGGCCAGCCAGAUGAAGAGCUCAAGCCCAAGAAGAAAGUCUUUGAGAAGCUGCAGGCCGACUUUAAAAUUUCCGAGGAGUGCGUCGCACAGUGGAAGCACACCAACUUCAUGACCAAGCUGGGCUGCGUCUCCUGCAAAUCACUGAAAGGCGGGAACAUCAGCUAGCGGCCUGGCGGCUCCUCCCUUCCCCCAUCAUCCUGCGCCCUCCGCUGCCUCCUCAGUUUGCUCGUCCGUCAUCCAUAGCCCACCUCAGGACACUGAAGCAGCAGAUCCGUGGGCCUGCGGCUCCCCGGCGCAGAGUCUGGGCUCCUGCUGUCUGGCUACAGUGAGACUGACCCUGGCGGGGAGUGCUGAGAGCAGGGCGGCAGGAAGUCAGCUCUGCCCUCUUCCCUUGGCAGCCAACCUGAGAAAUCUGGUUCCAAUGUCACUCUCAUGCCACAGUCCUCGUAAUUGGAAAAAUACUGGUUUCCAGGUUUUCUUGGAAUUAUCCCAGCAGCUGUGCCUCUAGUCGGGAUCUAGUGCCUGGACUGGGCUAAUUACAGCUUCUCCCCAACAGGAAAUUGUGGGAUUUGAAAAGGAAAGAGAAGAGAAAACAGAGAAGCUAGUGGUCUACCGAGUAGCUGGCCGCUUUCCCAGUGCCUGCCUCCUGAGGCUUGGCCCUGGGGCACAGGGAUGGCCACAGGGCUCCCGCAGGGUCCCUUCAUCCAGCUGUGUUAGCAUCAGGAGUGGAACGGAUGGAGCAGUGUGGGUUCCUUCACAGAGGGUCGGGUACUUCUCCAUAAGACAUCUCAAUCAAAUCACCAUCAGUAUCAGAAAUUCAAAUAAAGUGUCUGAACAAUG